AAUAUCUAGUAGUUCACUGUUUUUUUUUUUUAACAUUGGAUAUGCAUAUGGUUACAGACGACGAAAUGACAACAUGACGAAACUGCAAAAAUCACGAGAAAAGGGAGAAAACCCAGAAAUUUUUAGGGUUUAUGCAGAAACCCAGAUUCCAGAUAUGGCCGAUGAAGCGUUACUACAACCUCCGACGGAAUCUGCUUCUCCUAAAUCUUCGCUUUUGGCCGAGGUUUCAAAUGCUGCUACGAGAGCUUUCGUCGUCGGAUUCAGUUCCUGUGCCUGCUGUGCGUUUGUCUUGGGUUGCAUCGCUGGGUAUUCUUCUCCUACACAGCUCAGUAUCAUGAGAGACUUGAAUCUCUCUGUUGCCGAUUAUUCAUUCUUUGGAUCCAUACUGACCGUUGGACAAAUAAUCGGAGCUUUCAUGUGCGGGAGAUUGACAGAUUUGUUCGGUCGUGUAUAUACUAUGUGGAUCACGAACAUUCUUUACAUCGCUGGUUGGCUUGGGAUAGCAUUUGCUAAGGGUGCUUGGCUGCUUGAUCUUGGAAGGUUCUUUCACGGCGUCGCGAUUGGAAUUGCUUCGUAUUUGGGUCCAAUUUACAUUGCUGAAAUAACGCCGAGAAACCUGAGGGGAGCUGCUUCGUCCUUGUCCCAGUUGUGCAUGGUUAUUGGCAUUUCCAUCGUCUAUGCUCUUGGAACUGUUGUAACAUGGCGCAACUUAGCUCUUAUCGGAUCUGUGCCUUGUCUUGUGACUUUGCCUCUUCUUUUCUUUGUCCCCGAGUCCCCACGGUGGCUGGCUAAAAUGGCGAGGUAUAAAGAAUUCGAGGCAGUCCUGUUGCAUCUACGGGGAGCAGAAGCUGAUGUCUCAGAUGAAGCAGCCGAGAUAUUAGAAUACACCGACGGUAUUGAACAGCAAACAGGGGACGGAUUUUUCAAGCUAUUCCAGCGAAAAUACGCGUUUUCACUAAUGAUUGGAGUUGUUCUGGUAGCAUUGCCACAGCUUGGAGGGGUCAAUGGUUUUCUGUUCUACACCGAUGCAAUUUUCUCCUCGGCGGGUAUAUCCAGUGAUGUUGGAUUCAUGACAUCAUCCCUAGUCCAGCUGUUAACAGGUAUUUUAGGUACUUUCCUUGUGGAUGUAUCUGGGAGGCGUUUCACAAGCCGGAACAUUAUUGGGUUGCAUCGUUAUGGCCAUAUCUUUCUUCCUGCAGGUAUGCUUCGAAAAGAGAGGCAUUAUUUGGAAACCGGAACACCUAUGCUGGCACUUGCUAGCGUGUUGGUGUAUAUCGGCGCAAAUGCACUAGGCAUGUCAUCAAUACCUUGGAUCAUCGCAUCGGAGAUUUACCCCAUGGACGUAAAAGGUUCAGCUGGUACGAUAUGUAACCUCGCCGGCGCCAUAAGCUCGUGGAUCGUUGCCUAUUUCUUCAGCUUCUUGCUUCAAUGGAGCUCGACUGGAACAUUUCUCAUCUUUGCAAGUGUGUGUGGUUUUGGAGUUGUGUUUAUCGCAAAGCUGGUUCCGGAGACUAAGGGCAAGUCCUUGGAAGAAAUACAAGCUCUUCUUACCGCCUCUGGUUGAUUUUACAGAUCAAAGAACUGCAUAAAUAUAAACCCAAGCAAAGAAAAAUAAAAACGGGUCGAAUUUAUGAAUGGUUCUUGAUGUUGGGGUUUAUCUAAAUUUUGAGAUUUUGUUUACACAGUUUCAAUGGAGUCAUUGUAUUUAUCAGCC